UCACUUACUUUUUUCUCCAGCAGAUCGCAGAUUUCUAUAGUUUGGUACGAGGAAGAUUCACUCUGGUACACUAUAGAGCUCAAUGAUAUAAACGCGAAAGGAAUAUGGCGGCAAUAGUCUCGUAGCAGUAUCAUUAAUCCAUUAGCGAUCUUGUAGUACGAGAUAGUAAAGUAUUAUUGCAGAUCGAAGGAACGCAGUAAGCGAUGAGUUUCUUCAGCAAGGUCUUCGGCGGCAAGAAGGAGCCGGCCGCUCCUUCGACGGCCGAGGCGAUUCAGAAAUUGCGCGAGACAGAGGAUAUGCUGAUAAAAAAGCAGGAAUUCCUAGAGAGCAAGAUAGACAAUGAGGUGGUGAUAGCUAAGAAAAACGCAUCGAAGAACAAGCGAGCUGCUAUCCAAGCACUCAAAAGGAAGAAACGAUACGAGAAACAGCUGCAACAGAUUGAUGGUACAUUGUCCACCAUUGAAAUGCAGCGAGAAGCAUUGGAGAGUGCAAAUACAAAUACCGCUGUCCUUACCACUAUGAAAGGUGCUGCAGAUGCAAUGAAGGCAGCACAUCAACACAUGGAUGUUGAUCAAGUGCACGAUAUGAUGGAUGACAUAGCGGAACAGCAAGAUGUAGCUAGAGAAAUUUCCGAUGCGAUAUCCAAUCCAGUAGCAUUUGGUCAGGAUGCUGACGAAGAUGAGCUAGAGAGGGAGUUGGAAGAACUUCAACAGGAACAGCUUGACAAAGAGUUACUCGGUAUCGAUACGACAACCGAUGAACUGCCGGCAGUACCAACUUCAGUUCCUGCUGUACCAAGCAAGACUCGUACAAAAGCUAAACCGGCAGAAGAAGAUGAUGAUUUGAAAGAUUUAGAGGCAUGGGCAUCGUAAAGUGAUAUUAGAUCGAAUGUCUAAAUCAAAGAAUACAAGAUAUUUUAAAAUAAAUAUAGAAAUUAAAAAUAUUACUAUCAUGCGUAUUACUGCUAUACUAUAAUUGCACAUAUUAACUAAAUCAAUUUUUUAAUGUGAAUCCGCUUGUGUUUGAUUUCUUAAGUACACUUAUGAAAGGAAGGAAUAGUACUUGAAUUAAUAAUAAUUAAUAUAUAUUUAAUUUUAAUAGAAAUUGUAUCGCUGAUAUUUUUAUGCUAUGAUAAAUAUUGAACUAAUGAUUAAACAGUAACGUACGUAUAGGUUUUGGUGGAUAAAUAAAUAUAUAUAAAUAUGAGUAUAUAUAUAUAUAUAAGGAAAUCAUUAUAUACACACACACAUACAGGGUAUUUCAGAACCCAUGAAACAAACUUGAAAAAUCGAUUCUCUCAGUGAGAUCUACUAUCCCCUGAAAUUUGUCCCAUAGAUCCUGAAACGCCCUGUAUUAUACAUGCACAUCAAUCUAUAUCUUGGAUGUAAAAAAGUAAAUUUUGUUCUUGUAUUCACUCGUUCGCAGAAUUUUAUGCUUCUUUUCAAAGCAUCUUGCCGAAUAUAUCCAACAUUCAAUAAGAAGAUCUAUCUGCCAAGAAUUGGUAAUAAAUUGGUAAUUGGUAAAAAAUUCGACAAGCAAAUUUUUCAAUUAGACGUUGACUGCGUUCCGAGGUUCAUUGAGAAAAAAAAAAUAUUCAAACAGUUCUGCGAACGAAUGUUCGUAAACAGAAAAACAGAUAAGUUGUACAGCGUAUUAUUUCUUCAACGAGUUAUUUCGUUACUGUACAUAGACGUGAUGUUUCGGAGAACACUUGGAAUUGUUCAAUACAGACGUCUUUCGAGACUUUGUACAAAUACAUUUGCUAUAAAUAAAUAAAUAAAUGACUGGAAA